AUGAUCGAAGGGCUCCCUAAAUCUUCUGAAGAGAUGGAGGGUAUUGAGUUUUACAGGCGGGUAAUGCUGGCCGAGUAUCAGGCUCGCCGGGACAAGAGGAUGAAAGAAGAAGAGCUUCAAACCCGAGUCUCCCACAGGCCCAACGACCACAUGCCCCGAGUCUGGCUCCACGGCCACGUCGUCUCCAUGAACGUCGGCCAAGUCAACAUCUUCAUCGGCACCGGCAACGCCCUCAAGGGCGAGUCUCCCGAUGUCAUCCGCACCAAGGUCACCUCCACCGUCCGUGUCGCCCACUACGGAGAGAUGGAGGCCUUCGAGAAGGCCCUUCUUUUGCAAGAGUACAUGGAGACUCAGAUGUCGAAGCUCACCUACGAGCUUCGAAAGGAAGCUCACGCCCAAGGCCUCAUCAUCUUCCCCUCACAGAUGGUGUCAUACCUCCGAGACGCUGCCACUCUCAUAUACCGCGAGCUCGAAGAUUACGGUCUGACCUAUGGCUUCAAUCUCGUCAUCUCCAGCAAAAAGUCUCAGUUUGACCGAGCUGUGAAGCAGGGUGGCUGCCAAGCUCGAGCAGACAUGGAAGGGAUUGACACGUUUGAUGUUUACUAUGUCUAUCGACGUCUGAUCAGCGACAAGGAGGUGCAUGUGGGCUUGGCCGUCAAUGCUGUCCUUCUUGACAGCCCUUGUUCGCCCAAGAGAAGGUUCCCCACCGCUCUCAAGCGAGGCCUUGCGGCAGUCUGCGCCCGCCGUCGCUUGGCUGUUCGUCCUGUGGCGUCUAGAAGGAAGAAGCAGGUGAUAUGA